GUGAGCUGAACGGCCAUAUCCGGGUUCCCGCCGCAGCCGCUUCUGCCUUGCUCAUUCAGCUCUGCCGGGAGUGGUGUGAUUCCCUAUUAAGAUGGCGGCUGUGGGGCGGGUCGGUUCGUUCGGUACUUCUCCGCCGGGACUCACCUCGGCUUACGCGGGCGGUCCCCUGGCUAACGAGGUGGCAUCGGGCAGUGGCGGCGCCCCGGCAGGCGACGAUGAGGACGGGCAGAACCUUUGGUCCUGCAUUCUCAGCGAGGUCUCCACGCGCUCGCGCUCCAAGCUCCCGGCGGGGAAGAACGUGUUGCUGCUGGGUGAAGAUGGAGCUGGAAAAACAAGCUUGAUAAGAAAAAUUCAGGGAAUAGAGGAAUACAAGAAAGGAAGAGGAUUGGAAUAUUUGUACUUUAAUGUGCAUGAUGAAGACAGGGAUGAUCAAACAAGGUGUAAUGUAUGGAUCUUAGACGGAGACUUAUAUCACAAAGGGCUCCUUAAAUUUUCACUGGAUGCCAUUUCUCUGAAGGACACUCUAGUUAUGCUGGUUGUUGAUAUGUCGAAGCCUUGGACUGCUCUGGAUUCUUUACAGAAAUGGGCAAGUGUUAUUAGAGAACAUAUUGACAAAUUGAAAAUUCCUCCUGAAGAGAUGAAAGAAAUGGAACAAAAAUUGAUUAGAGACUUCCAAGAAUACGUAGAGCCAGGAGAAGAUUUCCCAGCUUCUCCUCAGAGAAGAAACACUGCAGCACAGGAGGACAGAGACGACAGUGUCGUUUUACCUCUGGGUGCGGAUACACUUACACAUAACCUGGGCAUUCCGGUACUAGUAGUUUGCACAAAGUGUGAUGCCAUUAGUGUAUUGGAGAAAGAACAUGACUACAGAGAUGAACAUUUUGAUUUUAUCCAGUCACAUAUCCGGAAGUUUUGUUUACAGUAUGGUGCAGCACUUAUUUAUACUUCAGUAAAAGAAAACAAAAAUAUAGAUUUAGUAUAUAAAUACAUCGUUCAAAAACUAUAUGGAUUUCCCUAUAAGAUUCCUGCUGCUGUUGUGGAAAAGGAUGCAGUAUUUAUUCCAGCAGGGUGGGAUAACGAUAAGAAAAUAGGAAUAUUACAUGAAAAUUUUCAAACAUUGAAAGUAGAAGAUAAUUUUGAAGACAUCAUAACUAAACCACCUGUCCGAAAGUUUGUGCAUGAGAAGGAAAUCAUGGCAGAAGAUGACCAAGUGUUUCUUAUGAAGUUACAGUCCCUUUUAGCAAAGCAGCCACCAACUGCAGCUGGAAGGCCUGUGGAUGCAUCACCUAGAGUCCCUGGAGGCUCCCCUCGAACACCAAACAGAUCUGUGUCAUCCAAUGUUGCCAGUGUGUCACCCAUCCCUGCUGGGUCAAAAAAAAUUGAUCCGAACAUGAAAGCUGGAGCUACAAGUGAAGGUGUCCUGGCAAAUUUCUUUAAUAGUUUGUUGAGCAAAAAGACUGGCUCUCCUGGAGGCCCUGGUGUUGGUGGUGGUAGCCCCGGAGGUGGGGCUGGAGGCGGAAGCAGUGGUUUACCAUCAUCUGCCAAAAAGUCAG